AUGCUGAUAAAUCGCAAAAACAUCAUCACACUACUCGAUAUACUGGCGAAAAAGCUGUAUAGACCAUUGAGAUCAAACGAAAUGAAGAUUCAGUAUAAAUUUGACAAAGACAUAGAGCCGAGCUAUAGUCGAGAUGUAGAGAACGACUUGAAUUACGAUGUGUCGCAAUUUUUGGACAUUAUUUGGAACGUCAACAGUCCCGACGAUUUCACUGAGAAUUUCUACGCCACGCUGGCAUCAGUAGUGUCGUGCUCCAAAAUGCUCAGUCUUCUGCCGCUUUACAGAAACAAAACUCUCUUCUAUACGAUUCUGGUGGAAACUACAUGCGCGUGCAUUACCCUGUCGUCCUUAUUCACCGAGUUCAGAAAAGGAAAACUGACGUACAGGGCAUGGUUACCGUACGAUUAUUACUCGUCCACAGUUGUAUUUUGCCUCACGUACGCGCAUCAACUCAUCAGCCUGACAGCGGGGUCUCUUGUCAAUGUGGCGUGUGACAGUCUCAUUUGCGGACUAUUGCUGCAUAUUUGCUGCCAAAUGGAGAUCUUGGAGUGUCGGCUGAGCGAAGUGUCGGGUGAUCAUAACACUCUCCGCGACUGUGUACGUCAUCACGACAAUAUAUUUAAGUAUGCUAUGAGAUUGAACAGCGAAUUCAGGAUGACUAUUGCUAUGCAAUUCGCAGUGAGUACGAUGGUGGUGUGCUCCAAUUUAUAUCAGAUGACUAAGAUAACGUCGUUCAGCGAGAUUCUCCCGUUAUUGUUGUAUAUGUCCUGCAUGUUAACACAGAUUUUUAUCUAUUGUUGGUAUGGGAAUGAAGUGAAGCUAAAGAGUACUCAACUACUCCACAGCAUUUUCGCAAUAGAUUGGCUAACAUUCGACGGAAGUCUUAAGAAAAAUCUAUUAAUAAUUAUGAAUCGCACGUUAAUACCCAUCGAAUUCACUAGUGCUUACGUUCUUUCUAUGAAUAUCGAUUCGUUCGUCGGGAUACUCAAGACAUCGUACUCGGCUUAUAAUUUACUGAAACAGGUGCAGACGACGUAAAUAAAAAGUAAUUAGGAAAAUAAUGAAAAAUUAGAGAUAAAUUGCUGCGAUGUUUUCCAAUAUAGUUGAUAGUUACGAAACAUCACAAUCAGUGUGAAUGUCCAAUGUAUGUUCGAAUGAAUAAAUAGCAAUU